AUGUCCGACAACGUGGGCCUCUCGACGCCCCGAGGCAGCGGCACCUCCGGCUACGUCCAGCGCAACCUCGCGCACGUGCGCCCGCGCGACAACGCGGCGCCCUACCCCAAGGACCUCGAGUCGCUCCGCCACCGGCAGCGCCAGCCCGACAAGGAGAUUCUCGAGCACGACCGCAAGCGCGAGGUCGAGGUCAAAGUGUUUGACCUGCGCGACCAGCUCGAGGAAGAAGAGGUCGACGAGGAAGAGAUUGACAAGCGAUGCGACGAGCUGAGGCAGAAGCUGCUCGCCGAGAUGGAGAGCAAGAAGCAUGGCGGCGGCGGCGGCGGCGGCCCGAUCCGCAAGGGGUUCAAGAGCCACCAGGUGCACGAGAUGGCGGAUGCCAAGAUCAAGGAGAGCGAGAGGCUGCGCAACGCGCUCAAGAUCAGCAAGGACUACGAGGAGGGGAGCCAUUGGAGGCGGCAGGAGGACAGGCUGCGCACUGCGCUGGACCAUGACGUCAAGAGGGAGCCCGAGGCCAAGGGGGAUUAA